ACAACUCUACAUGCACACAGUGCACAAGAUCUUGACCUCACCCCCCCCCCCCUCCUCCGUCGUAAAACUGUCAGUCCAUUUCUGCCAAAGUUUCAACAAGAAACUUGCAAACUUGAGACGAUCGACUCGCCCAGGAAGACCUUUUGAAAAUGACAAACCGACCGAAAAACACACACAGACCACAUUUUGUUGUUUUCUCGCCAAGCAACACCACCUGGUGGUGGCGAAAAAGUUUCAGUGUCAAAGCCGCCCAGUGGACCGGACGAAUCUCCUACUCUGUGUCGGUUCGUUGUCGCGCGUGAGCGUAUCGUUUCACUUUUUUUUUUUUUUUUUUUUUUUAAAUUUUAAAUUUCAUUUUUCUUUGGCUGUGCUGUGCAUCAUACUGGAUAACCUUUCCUUUGGCGAAUGCGGCACGUUUCCUUCUUGAGCUGUUGAGUGUGUCAAAAAGAGAAGAAAAAUAAUAAAAGAAGUGACGUCAAGAGGAAGUAUGCAAAACACAUCAAACGACUCGGAAACAAACAAAACAAAACAAAAGUGAGAAAUGUUUCGUACUGGCGAGCGUAACAGCCGGCGAAUCGGGAAUGUGAAGUGUCUACAUCUCUCUUGGCGCAUAUUUCGCACCUCGCGCGCUAUAUAACUGUUCAAAUAACCGCAAUGAAGUUGACAGCCUGGCCGUGUGCUGCUGCUCACCACCCGCCAUCGCUCCGCGUUCAAUGGCCACCAGCCCCAGACGAAAUUCAUCGUCGUUUCAGUCUGCGGCCGUCAGCCGCUACGAUCGGACGCUUCGGUUCGGGGUUGCGCUGGUGUUGUUGUUCGUGUUCUUUUUCGCGUUCGCUAAAUAACACACACACACACAUACAUUUUUUUUUCUUAUUUACACACAGGCACGGACAACACACACACAACACCUCUCUCACACACAAACACCCGAACACCAAAUUUCAAUUUUUUUUUCUAUUUUGCGCUGUCCAGACAAGACAAAAGACUCACACACACACACACACAUACCCAGUCUAACAGUAGAAAAUUCAAAAUUUGUAUUUUUUUGGGAGGGAAAUCUGCUGUACGAUCGAUAUUAUCAUCGGAAACCGGUCAAACACAAAAUCAUUUCGAGUCAUCGUCGUUUUGUCCGUUUUACGUUUCAUUCAUAAACUCUUGGACGAAAGUGAAAUUGCCAAUUUUGAGACCAAGUGAAAUUCAUUGACAACCCAAAUCAUCACUGCCACCAGAAGAAGAAAAGUGUCGAGUUCGCCUCGUGUCGAGUGUGCAUGUGUCUGUGUGAGUGUAGCAUCACAAUCGCCAUCAUCAUCCGACCUGUGGUGCCCGAGCCAGUGCGGAUUCGAUCCUUUUUGAACUUUGGCGCGCCGUCAUUUCUUGGCCGUUCAUCGCGCGGAAAAAGAUUUUCCCGCAACCAAAAAGGGCGACUGCUGCUGCUGCUGCUGCUGCCAUUCCAUCGCCACAAACUAUUAUUAGGUGACUGAAAGGAGCGUGUAUCUUUUGACUCAUUAAAAUAAAAUAAAAGAAAGGCAAAGAAAACAGGGCGGAAUUAUCUCCUCUCGUCGCCCGCGUUCAUUGUCACUUCCAAAUUCGGAUAUUAUCCCAUACACGACCGGGAAGGAAUAGCCCCUCCAGCAACAGACUGGAAAUGUCAUCAACUUGAGACGAUCGAAAUUCAAUUCAACGCGCAGAGAUCGGAAUCAAAAAUUUGAGCGAAUUGACCAGACCCGAAAAGAAAAAGAAAAAACGUGACUUGAUUGCCUUCGUCUUUUUUGAUCGAUCAGAGUGCGAACCCAAUGGCCAGCCAGCCAAACAGUAGCAGCGGCGGCUACGAGAUGAGCCAAGAUGAGAAGAGACACAAGAGUCGAAGGUGGCGCAGCCUAUUCGCCAUCGCCAUCGCCUCUUGCCUCUUGGCGCUCAUCGCCGCACCCCUGUGGUCGCUCAUCGCCGAUCAUCGUCAGUCCAUCAUCACAGAUGACACGACCACCACCGCCACGACGGUAGACACCAACCCGAGGAGGACCAAACCCAACCCAGACGAAAUGCAUUUCACCUCAGACGGAGGAGCGGGAGGAGCCGUCUAUGUCUGGCCGCAACGGUUGGCCGCCAACGCCGACGUCGUCGUCCAGGCAACCAACGAGCGUCACUAUCGUCGCCGGAGGGAUCUCGUCUGGCAUCCGCAUCCUUCCUACCAGCUCACCCUUCAGGACGGAUCGUCUUGGGGACGGCUGGAUCUGGAACCGGCCGGCGACGACCAACUCUUCGUCAGCGGACGGGCCGACGUGAUCCAGCUCAUUGACGAAGCCAACAACGUGUCGUCGUCAAUGAAACCGGACGAUUGGCGGCCACUUCGAGGCUGUUUCUACCGCGGUCAAGUCGUCCAGCACCCACCGCCACCGCCGAACCAGCAGGCAGGAGCGGCCGCUCCUGGCCGGGACUCCAAGGUCGUCCUCAGCCUGUGUCACGGACUGACUGGCCAUAUACGGACGAGUGGUGGCAGUUUCUUCAUCGAACCGUCGCCACUGACCGAUGGCAAUCGAGUGGACGACAGCCAAACGACAGGUGCCGUCCGCCACGUCAUCUACCGCGUCCGGCACCCGUUCCGGUUCGAGCAGCCGCUGCCAUCCAGUUCGACGAGUCGUCCCGUUCGAGCCCAGCGAGAUGAUUCCCACCAUCAUCUGCCAUCCGAUGGCGCACCUCCAGAUGAGCCAGAAGAAGAGGUUGACGUCGGUGGGCGUCGGCGACGUCGUUCCGUCUCGCAGGAGCGAUUCGUCGAGAUCCUGGUCGUGGCCGACGGCAAGAUGGUCUCCUAUCACGGCGACAACUUGGUCCAUUACAUCCUCACUCUCAUGUCUGUCGUGUCGCUGAUUUACAAGGACGCCAGUCUCGGUAAUCCUGUCCAGAUCGCCGUCGUUCGAAUGCUCUUGCUCAAGGAUCAAGAGUUUGUAUUGACAACAGCCACCGGUGACGACUCGGCCAGCAGCAGCAAAGAAUCGCACGAAAUUCUGGACAGCCGCCCCGGCAAAUCGGCUUCGGAGAUGUUACGUAAUUUCUGCAAGUGGCAACGGGUUUUCAACGACAUGGACGACUCCAGUCCUUACCAUCACGACACGGCCCUCCUGCUGACAAGGGAAAACAUUUGCCGGAAUCCUCAAUUGCAGAAAUGUGACACGUUGGGACUAGCCGAGCUGGGCACCAUGUGCGACAGCUCCAACUCGUGUUCCAUCGUCCAAGACAAUGGGCUCAGCGCCGCCUUCACCAUAGCUCACGAACUGGGUCACGUACUGAACAUGCCACACGACGACGAUUUCAAGUGUCAGCAAUUUGUCGAGUCGACGGGCGGCGUUCACAACGUCAUGUCGAGGAUGCUGGAUCACAACACUUUCCCGUGGGCCUGGUCCAAUUGCAGCCGCUAUUUCAUCACCGAGUAUCUCGAUGGCGGUUAUGGCGAAUGUUUGCUGGAUAAACCGUCGACGGAUCUCCUGGAUGCCCAUCGUGCUGCCAAGAAACUGCCCGGCGAGAACUUUGACGAGAACAAACAAUGUGAGCUGGUCUUUGGACACGGAUCGAAAAUCUGUCCUUACAUGCCGCCCUGCAAGCGAUUGUGGUGCACGACGUCCGGCGGCGAGCAGGAAGGUUGCCGAACCCAGCAUAUGCCUUGGGCUGACGGAACGGCUUGCGGAAGAGGCCGAUGGUGCCGGCACGGUACUUGCCUAUCCCGCGAUGUCAAAAGUCUGGAACCCGUCGACGGAAAUUGGGGAUCCUGGCAAGAAUGGAUGAUGGGGACUUGCUCCCGGACUUGCGGCGGAGGCGUCCAGCGAUCCACCAGGAACUGCGACAAUCCAGCACCGUCCAACGGUGGAACUUUUUGCCUUGGGAAACGUGUCCGUUAUCGUUCGUGUAACAUCCAAGAAUGCCCGGCAGGCACUCCUGAUUUCCGUGAGAAGCAGUGCUCCGAUUUCAACAGCAACAACUUCAACAUCCAGGGACUUCCAGCCGACGUCAAAUGGGUCCCGAAAUACGCCGGAAUUAGUGUGAAGGAUCGUUGUCGCCUGUACUGCCGAGUGGAACAGUCGAGCGCUUACUACCUGCUCAAGGAUAAGGUAAUCGAUGGCACCAGCUGCGGCCCUGACACGGACGAUAUUUGCGUCAACGGCAUCUGCAAGCCGGCCAGCUGCAACCACGUCCUCGGCCGCAAGGAACAACUCGAUCUUUGCGGUGUCUGCGGAGGAGACAACUCGACUUGUGUCAUUCUCAACGGCGGCUAUAACAGCACUCAGUAUGGCUACAACACCGUGACGCGGAUACCGGCCGGCAGCUCGUCGCUGGACAUCCGCCAGCGAGGCUAUCAGGGCUCCAACCGAGACGAUAACUAUUUGGCUCUUAUGGACCCGCAGACGGGCGAGUACCUCCUUAACGGCAAUUUCGUCGUCAGCAUGUUCCAGAAAACGAUCCAAUUUGGCGGAACGACCAUCGAAUACACGGGCUCGGAUGCCGUUGUCGAACGACUCAAUUCUUCCAAGCCGCUCAAGAAAGAUGUCGUCGUCCAGGUUCUGUCUGUGGGUAAUCUCUACUCGCCGGAUAUUUGGUACCAAUACGUUGUGUCUCGAGCCGAAGGCAAGAGUCCGUCGUACCACUGGAAGUUGCAGGAACAAUGGUCGGCAUGCAGCAAACUCUGCCACGGUCAGCAGUUCCGAAAACCGAUUUGCGUCCAGGCAACGGGCGGUUUUCAAAAGAUGCCGGAGGAAUACUGUUCGGCCUCUCCGCCUCCUCCGCCCACCGAGACGCAACCUUGUCAGACCCAGUGCAUCCUCAGAUGGCGCGUGAUUCACCAUUCCGAGUGUUCGGCUCACUGCGGCAUGGGCGUCCGCAACGUGACUAAACAGUGCGAACAAGAAACUCUGCUGCCACAGCAACAACAACAACAACAUCCUUCGGCUCAUACCGUCCCGGUCGACGAUCGGCACUGCCGUCACUUGAACGACCCACCGCCAGACACGGAGCCUUGCAAGGGCACUUGCCACUCAGCCCAUUGGCAAUUCCAUCCAUGGAGCCAGUGUUCGUUGACGUGUGGGGGCGGAGUCCAAACCCGAAAGGCUCAUUGCGUCGACCUCAACGGCCGCGUCAUUGCCGAUUCCAAUUGCCCGGCUGAGGAGAGAGUCCUUCGACAGAGUUGCCACAUGGAGAGCUGCCCGCGAUGGGAGGUCGGAGAGUGGACCCCGUGUUCGGUGAGUUGCGGGACGGGCGAGCGCCAACGGGGCUACUGGUGCCAACUCGAGAACCACGUCAUCGCCAAAAGUUACUGCUAUCCGGUCCGGCCUCCCGUCCACAAGGAGGCCUGCCACAUGGGUGACUGUCCCCAAUGGCACGCCACUCAAUGGGGCCAGUGUUCCGUCACGUGUGGAGUUGGACAAGCCGAGCGGAUCGUCGGAUGCCGCAUGGAGAAUGGCAGUGUCGUCGAUUCGACCUUUUGCGCUGGUCAGGACAGGCCGGCGUCCAUUCAACAGUGUGUUGAAUAUCCGUGUCCGACAGAACCACCGACAACGACAUCGACUUCAACAACCCAGGCGACUCCUACAACUCAACAACCAUCCACUACUGCCAUUUUCCCCACCAGUGCCGUUCCGGCGGCUUCUCUGGCUCUGGCCGGUUUCCGCCCACAGCCAAUGGAGAUCCACAAUAUCGAUCCGGCAAUUAACAGUCUCGAUCCGACCGACUGGAACCCAGAAUCUAAUGAUAUUCCUCGUAUUGUUGCUGCCUGGAGGACAGGAACUUGGGGACAAUGUUCGUCGACUUGCGACGGUGGCUAUCGGAUGCGGACUGUCGUCUGUUACGACAUGAUGGCCAGCCGGGAGGUGGAUCAAGCUCAUUGCUCCGAUCCGGCACCAGUUGGCGUCGAGAAAUGCGCUGCUCACCCGUGUGCUGCCUGGAUCCCACACAAUUGGACUUCCUGUUCCGUUACCUGCGGCAUGGGAGUAUCCGUCCGCGUUGUCGAGUGUCAAUUCCUGUUGAAUAAUUCCGGCGCACCGGAUGAGAUGUGCUCUGCGCUAGAAAAGCCACCCACCGAGAAGAGCUGUUCCGCAGCGCUGGCCGUUUGCAUCGGAUCGCCAAUCUCGCAUUCCGUUUCCGUUGAACACAAUCACACUUCCAAAAUGCCGCAGUGGAGGACCGGGUCUUGGGGUUCGUGCUCGAAAACCUGUGGCGCCGGAUUCAAACGGCGACAGGUUGUUUGCCACGAUGAACUCUUCAAGGAUUCUGAUGGAUGCAUUCCGGCCAAACGGCCACAGGACACAGUUCACUGCAAUACUGACCCUUGCCCUACAUGGUCUUCCGGUGAAUGGAGUUCUUGUUCCAAGUCGUGCGGAGGAGGGACGCAAACCCGGCCUGUCACUUGCCGUGAUCACCUGGGUCAAACUUUGCCCGAUCAUCGAUGUCAUCCAGCCGGAAGGCCAGAGUACAGCCAGAGUUGCCACACCGAUCCUUGCCCAACCGAGCCGCCAGUUCCGGAGAAAACCUACCGAUGGAAAACGGCCGCUUGGACUACGUGCUCAAAAACGUGUGGCAAAGGGGACCAGUACCGUGAAGUUUACUGUCAGGAAGUUGAAGGUCGAGUGCGAGUGGACGAGAACCGUUGCCCGGAAUCGAGUCGGCCUCGAUCGCGGCGCGGAUGUAACAAGGCCGCCUGUCCUUACUCGUGGGAAGUGGAGAAUUGGUCCGAAUGUUCCCAUCCGUGUGGCGCGGGCAUCCAGCACCGGCGGGUCACUUGCCAUCGAGUCAACUCACACGAAUGGAUCGACCCGGAACCGGUUUCAUUCGGAUGCAAUUCCACCCAGAGGCCGGCCGACCUGCAGGAAUGCAGUCUUGGCAACUGUCACGCUCUGUACGCGUGGCGGGCCUCGGCUUGGCAGCCCUGCACCGCGUCCAAAUGCGGCCGCCAGGGUUUCCAGAAACGAUCGCUGGCAUGCGUCAACAGCCGCACCGGUUCCAGGGUCUCGCGAUCCUACUGCCCGCAAGAAUUCCGACCCAUCCGCAAGAGGCGAUGCCGGGCCUCUCCAUGCGGCUACGUGUCGUGCAAAGAUGUCCAGUUGCGGAGCGCCGCCGGCAAGGACCGGAAGACUCCGCCUGCGGAUGGCCCGUACACUUUGAUUGUGGCCGGCAAGAACAUGACGAUUUACUGCCAUUUGAUGAACACCUCAUCUCCGCUCGAGUACCUCACGCUCACGACGGGACACCAAGAUAAUUACGCCGAAGUUUACGACAAAACGUUGAUACGGCCUGAUAGCUGUCCUUAUCAAGGAGCACGCAAAGAUUCGUGCGACUGUUUCUUGAACCGGCGUUCAACGGGAACCACCUCCUUCAACAAAAUCCGGCUCAAUGUCACCUCGUUGCGUGUCGACAGUCACGAUUUCACGUUCGCCCGACUGGUGAGGGGCCACCAAAUGGUGGGCUACGGCGAGGCGGGAGACUGCUACAGCACGGCCAACUGCCCGCAAGGCCGUUUCAGCAUCAAUCUGCAAGGAACUGGACUGCGUGUCUCGCCGCAUACCAGCUGGGCCGGCCACGGUCAUCGCUCAUCUUUGUGGAUCAACAGACUAGAGGACAAUCAAAAGAUUCAGGGCAAGUGCGGCGGAUAUUGCGGACGCUGUAGCCCCGAUCCUCACGCCGGUCUCAAACUGGACGUUGUGUGAGUCUACCUGUAGAAACUUAAUCUUUUUUAAAUUUUGUUAUCAAAAGAAUAUCGUCCCCCGGGACCGGCUGUUAUAUAUUCCGUGUCCCCUAGAACAAGUUCCUGAAUGGAGUUGAAUCACUCUAAAAACAAUUCCCGUUUCAAUUCAAUGGGAGGGCUGUAGGAAGGGAGGAGGGAGUCGUCAUACAAAAAAAAGCACAAUCAUAAAAAAUAGACAUAAAAAAAAGCUCGCCCAGAUACCUGCUCUUAUAUAACUAACUACCCACUGCCGCGUAAAUCAGGGAACAAAAAAAAGACGAGAAGAAUUUGUGUUUUGAAACGAAAAAGGCGGCGAAUAAUGGCCCAGCCAUAUCAUCCCCCAAGUGAAUAAAACAAAAAAAUCAUUCGACAACGAAAUUGAGAAAACUAGCGACCCCCAACUGCAAACUAUGACGUGUAAAAUAAAGAACAAAUAAAUACUAUAUGUAAAUCAACACAGAAAAAAAAGAAAAAAAAAUCUAAAUAGCAAUACGAAUUGUAUUAUUAAUAAAUAUUAACAAUUGAGCCCCAACGAAAAACAGAAUUGUAUGUAUUUUGCAGCAUUUGUUAUAAUGUAAGAGGAUUGUUUUUGUUUGUUUUUUUGUGUGUGCAAUACUAUCUGGACGAAAAAAAUAGCAAAUUGUUUUUUUGGAAUUCGUUGUAACAUUCUGUUGAGCUUCCCGCUUCACUUCCGCCAACACUAAUGGACUGACUAGUCAUCAUCAAAACUUUCGUGCUCUCGACAUUCGCGCAAUUUGAGAUUGUUUUUGAUUCUCUUGUAAGGGGCUGCUACAGUAUAAUAUCAACUCUACAUGAAAUUGGAAACAAAUAUUUCUAUGAUGUGUGUGUGUGCGUGUAACCUAAAUGUAUACAUUUUGAAACCAGACGAGAAACUACACAGAAAACGAUCAAUCAAACAAAUGAAUGAGAUGAUCAAUUCUUUUUUUUUUCAAUUCUUUUGACACUUAAAAUAUGUGACCGUUUAUGCUGAUAUAUAAUAUUAUCUCUGCCAAGCCGACAAGAAAGACAAACAAAAUCCACCACUGCCAUGAAAAAUGAUUUCCUCCACUCUCUCUCUCUCUUUUAUUAUCUAAUAUUUGUCUCCUCUUUCUCCUUCCAUACCGUAUUGACUUUUAUCAAGUUGUUAUAUGCGGUACUUUUCCCGUCUUGAUCCCUUCUUCUUCUGAUUUCUUUUUCAUCUUUUCUCACUCUCUCUCGCCGUCAGAAGUGGUUGGCUGUGUAUGUCUGUGUGUUUAAGUGCGUGUUGUAUAUAUAUUAAUUCGAAUGAAGCCCCACAUUCUGUCGGCCCGGCGAACGAUGAUGGACAUGACGCGCGUGCCAAAAUGUGGAAUUUUGUCUCCGUCUCAAACAAUGAACUGAAUACAUAAUGACUCCCGAAACGAGAGCCAAUAAUAAAAAUUCCAAGAAGCAAA